AUGGCAGAUUUGGAGGCUGUUCUAGCUGAUGUCAGCUACUUGAUGGCUAUGGAAAAGUCCAAGUGUACACCAGCCGCAAGAGCCAGCAAGAAGUUAAUACUACCAGAUCCCAGUGUCAGAAGCGUUAUGUAUAAAUAUCUUGAGAAGGAAAAUGAACUCAGCUUUCACAACAUUUUUAAUCAGAUUAUAGGAUAUUUGUUGUUUAAGGAUUUCUGUGAAAACGACUCUGAAGAACCCAUACAACAGUUAAAGUUCUAUGAACAGAUCAAAAACUUUGAGAAAACUGAAUGCUACGAAGAACGAAAGAAGUUGGCAAGAGAAAUAUAUGACAAUUUUAUAAUGGAGGAAAUGCUGUCUCACACAUAUGAAUACUCGAAAGAUGCUGUUGCUAAUGUCCAAAAGUAUUUAUUAAAAAAUGAAGUUCCUGUGAAUUUAUUUGAACCGUAUAUGGAAGAAAUCUUUGGUCAACUGAAAGGCAGACCAUUUAAAAAGUUCUUGGAAAGUGACAAAUUUACGAGAUUUUGCCAAUGGAAAAACCUGGAGCUCAAUAUACAAUUAUCAAUGAACGACUUUAGCGUACAUAGAAUAAUAGGCCGUGGAGGUUUUGGAGAGGUGUACGGUUGUCGAAAAGCUGACACAGGAAAAAUGUACGCUAUGAAAUGCUUGGACAAGAAGCGUAUCAAAAUGAAACAGGGUGAAAUGCUGGCAUUAAAUGAACGCAAUAUGUUGCAGGCAGUUAGCACAGGAAUUGAUUGCCCCUUCAUUGUGUGCAUGACAUAUGCAUUUCAUACACCGGAUAAACUGUGUUUCAUAUUAGAUUUAAUGAACGGAGGAGAUUUACAUUAUCAUCUCUCACAACAUGGAGUUUUCAGCGAAGACGAAAUGAAGUUUUAUGCGGCUGAGGUCAUUUUGGGUCUGGAACAUAUGCAUAAACGCUGCAUCGUCUAUCGCGAUCUAAAGCCCGCUAAUAUUUUGCUUGAUGAAAAUGGACACAUUCGAAUAUCUGAUUUAGGCUUAGCAUGUGACUAUUCAAGGAAGAAACCGCAUGCUUCAGUGGGCACUCAUGGAUACAUGUCACCAGAAGUAUUAUCAAAAGGAACAUCUUAUGAUUCAUGUGCCGACUGGUUUAGUUUUGGUUGCAUGCUUUACAAACUACUCAAGGGGCAUUCCCCAUUUCGACAGCAUAAAACCAAAGAUAAACAUGAGAUUGACAGAAUGACAUUAACUAUGAACGUUGAACUUCCGGAUUCAUUUUCCGUGGAGUUAAGAAACUUGUUGGAUAUGCUUCUGCAAAGAGAUGUACCGAAGCGUCUUGGUUGUAUGGGAAACGGUGCGGACGAGGUCAAAAUGCAUAAUUUCUUUUCUGGAAUUGAUUGGCAUCAAGUGUACAUUCAAAAAUAUACUCCACCAUUAGUUCCACCUCGUGGCGAGGUGAAUGCCGCCGAUGCCUUCGAUAUUGGAUCUUUUGAUGAAGAAGAUACCAAAGGCAUUAAAUUAAACGACAGUGAUCAAGAUCUCUACAAGCAUUUUUCAUUAACAAUCUCUGAAAGGUGGCAACAGGAAGUGUCUGAAACAGUAUUUGAAACAAUCAACCUGGAAACUGAUAAAAUCGAGCAAAAGAAAAAAUCGAAACAAAAACAACACUUUGAUGCCGAUGAAAAAGAAUCGGAUUGUAUACUGCAUGGAUAUAUAAAGAAAUUGGGCGGAUCGUUUGCAUCAUUAUGGCAAACUAAAUAUGCAAAGUUAUAUCCUAAUCGCUUGGAACUUUAUUCUGAGAGUGGUAAUAACAAACCAGAACUUAUAUUUUUGGACCAAGUAGAAGAUAUUUCAUCUGAUUUUAUCCAAUACAAGAACGAGCAAUGUAUUCAAAUUCGUGUCAAUGAUGGCAGUCGUGAUGGGAGAAUCAUUUUAACGAAUUCUGAUGAAAUCGGCCUAAAGGAAUGGGCAUUGUCAUUGAGGUCGGCACACAAAAUGUCGCAAGAUCUUUUAGGAUCUAUGGCCAAGAAAGCUGGAAAAAUUUAUGGAAGCGAGCGGGAUGCAAACAAAUCAAUGUACAUUCUGGGAGGGAAUUGUUCAACAAAAUCGUCGAAUGGAUCUAAUUAAAUAUAACAUAAAAUGAAAUUUAUUAUGUCAUAUAAUAGGUUUCCCGCUCUGAAACUCUUCAAAACCAAUUAGUUUCGAUCAAUGUGAAAUGAAUCCUAAUAAAACACAUCAUGUAAAACACUCUGAAAAUUUAUGUACGUACACUGGCGAACCUGUAUACAUUGUGUAAUGGUUAUUUUGUGAAAAGCAUACAGACAUAUAUAUGUACAUCAUUGUUUA